GUUAAUAGUUAUUGAAUAUUAACAAAAUUAACAUUAAAAGGUAUUUAUUUAUGAUUAUAAAUUAUUCAUGGUAAAUCGACUUUAGGGCUAUUAGUUUAUGAGAUAUAAAUAUUAAAAUUUAGAUGAGCGGAGUAGUGGACAUACAUUUGGCAAUUGGCGGGGCAAGCCCGUAUCACUCAACUCCGCUCAUCUUAACUUUAAAUACUUAUAAGUUAUAACGCAUAGACUACUCGCACUAAAUUCGAUUUUUAGUAGAAGUAUCGAAAUACUUAGAAAAAUAUUCUACUUUGUAAUAUUAUGAAAUUAAAACUUUGUUGUCAAACAAAAAUUUUAAAAAAGUUAAAAAAAUCUCAGGUAGGGCUAAAGCCCAAUCAGCCCUACCCGUGCGCACGCCUAUGGAUAUAAUAAUAUAAUGCAAGAAUUGGUUUUAAUAUUUUGAAUUUUGUAUAAACCAUGGACAAAGGACAUAUUUAUCAAAAUAUAUAAUAAUAUUUUCCUCUUAUUUUAUUGAUUAUUGAAUAAGUAUGAUGGAAAAAAUCAGGAAAUUAACUAUACUCUGCUCAGCGAGAGACCGCACCGCUUGGCGCGUACCGGCGAAAACUGGUUCCCCGCGUAACACCCUGCCAUUGGGAAACCAGGUUCGAUAGCAUGGUGACGCGGAGAGAUGCGCAGAAUCGGAAUAUAAGUGACGAUGUCUAUUUUUAACAUUAGUGGACGUAAUUUAUAAUUUUAUUAUCGAUAAAAAUAAAACCGCCAGAAUUAAACAGUGUAUAAGGAUACACUGGACAAUCUGCGUAAAUAAUAACCGUUGUCGUCCGAGUCGAUCGCGCUUGUUUACUUUUGGAUAACAUGAAAUGCAAGCACGCAUUAUGAUUGUACUCUGCGUCUACGCAAGUUAGAAGCACACCAUAGCCGUCAUUAAAAGAACAAUUUUUUAUUUGUUGAUUCUGUUAGUGUUCUGUGUUUUAAGUGUUAAAAUGGAAUUUAAAAAGUAUUAUUACGUGAAGAAUGGCCAAGGAAGACAUAACGGUGUAACGUAAGUACACUAUAUAGAUACUUAUUUAUUCAUUAAUUUAUUUUAUCAACUGAAGUGAUGGAUUUAGAAUGUAACAAAACUGUGUACAGAGUCUUAGAAAUUUACCUGACCCCAUUAAUCAAAAACAUACCUUACAGGUACUACAAAUGUAAAUUUGCAAAAAAGUUUUUUUGUAACGCAACUUUGAAGGAACUUCCUAAUGGACAAAAGAUUACAAAUCGAACUCAUAACCACGACGUGGAUUUAAAUGUGGUUCGUAUGGCGCAGUUUAAAAAGCGUUUGGAAAUGAGAUCUGCUACGGAUUUGAUUCCACUGACUCAAAUUUAUGACGAGGAAGCACGCAAUUUUCCAGAAUCAGCCUCAAAUUACACUAAACAUUCGGCUGAGAGUUUUAUGAGAAGGGCAAGGACAUUGUCACUUCCAAUGAUUCCUGAGACCAUAAGUGAUCUGGCCAAUCUAUUUAUAGCCGGAAAUUUAAACCGAUAUAGUGUUGAUGGAGAAGUAGUUUAUAAAGGUUGUGUACAGGAUACAAAUGGCAAGUUUUCUAUAGUAUUUGCAUCACAGUCUCUGAUAACUAAUGCUCUUACUAUGUGUAAGCGAGAGUUACACGCUGAUGCUACUUUUCGAAUAGUCCCUUCAAAGCCCAAAUUUUACCAACUGUUGACAUUACAUGGUAUAAUAGAAAAUCAUAGUAUACCACUAGUUUAUGCUUUGAUGGAGUCUAAAAAGAAAUGUAGUUAUCAAGCUGUGUUGAGUUACAUUAAAACUCAACUUCUUCCAAACUUUAACCCCCGUAAAAUACUAACAGAUUUUGAAACUGGCUUGAGCAAAACAUUGCAAGACUACUUUCCUUCAGCGAGACGGGUUGGUUGCUGGUUUCAUCACAACCAAGCAGUGUGGAAGAAGAUGAAAAGUCUUGGAUAUUUAAAUUUGGUGAAUGAAAAUCAACAUGCUCUUAAUACAUUAAGACGCAUUAUGGUGCUACCCUUGUUACCUGGAGAUAAAAUCAAUCAAGGCCUAAGAUCUGUAAAGAGAUAUGCGCGAAGAAAUGAUAUUAAUAUGAACCUACUAUUUGAUUAUUAUGAAAGGUUUUGGAUUGCCAAAGUAGAAUGUGAUGUAUUAUCUGUUCAUAAUCAACCCAGGAGAACAAACAACCAUCUAGAAUCAUUUCACAAUAAGUUGAGAUAUUCCUUUGGAGUGGCACACCCAAAUCUGUGGAUAUUUCUUAGUCAGUAUCUAUUUUAAUUUUACUUUUUUUUUA